AUGGAUGCAUCAUGCCAUGGAACGUACAAUAGUCGCCGGCAAUCGCGCUUGUCAAAUCAGACAUCGAAACGGUCAUGUUUCUGCGGCGACAGCAGCCCACCCGAACUUCAGGCGCUGCCAAUUAAUGACGAGUCGGGCGUGGAAGCUAUUUUUCGGCUCUUUAGUCAAGCCAUGGCAUUUUGGGAACGCCUAAAGACAUGCCGGCCUUGUCUGGAAGCCCACACACACCGCGUUCUCGACAUGAUUGAGAAUGUGAUUGGGUUUCUGAGCAAUAAUGUCACUGAUACGCCCGUCAACUCGGAUGGGGGGCCUGAGAGGGAUAGCCGGAGCGGCAGCAGCAGCAGCAUUGGGAGCGCGCCGCAAAACUUCGCACAACCUCGUCUGUUGCCCGUUGUGGCUCCUUCCAGCCCCUCCCUGGCUGCCGCCCUUGAGAAUCUCCCUCCUAUGGCUCUCGGGCGGUUUACUCUUGACGGUCAACAAGGAGCCACCCUGAUACGCUCUAUAUAUCGUCGAAUGUUACGCCAGAUAGCGUCAAUGUUGGAUGAGAUGCAGCAGAUGGAACAUAAUCAGCAUGUUCGAUGGGAAAGAGAGCUGGGAAACUACCUGAUACCAGUGUUGCAACUACUAGAGGCUAUUGAAAGAUAG